AUGGCAAUUGAGAACAAGCCGCCAUUGUUACUCCUCACAUAUCCACGUUCUGCAUCGAAUCUCCUCGUGCGUAUUCUUUCGUUGCCUCAACAACCAAAUACUGUCGCAGCGGAGAGUGGAGGUUACUUCUUCUACGAUGCACGUGAUCAUGUUCGCCAGAGCAAGUUACAAGAACGGCUUCCAGCAGAAUGGACUGAGCAAGAAUGGGAAGCAAUGGCAGACAAAAUUCAGUCGUGCUACGACAACUUCAAGGGUCUUAUCGAUCGGGCCGAAACCGAAGGAAAGCGGGCGGUGAUCAAGGAGCACGCGCCAUGGUUGAUCUGCCCUCGUGUACAGGCCAGCUAUGUCCAUGGCCAAGAGUAUCUUGAUGCACCAUUCAAGGUCAAAGAUGAAGCUUCUCCUGUCGGCCAGCUGAUGGCCGGGAUACCGAGGAAUGAGACUGUCUUGCCCGACGCAAUUCUACUAAGAUGCGUGCCCACUUUCCUCGUCAGGCAUCCAGCGCUGGCGUUCCCGUCUUACUUCCGUGCGAAGAUGUCUUUCUCGACCAAAAAGCUGGAGGAUCACGUGGUGGACAUGACGGCGAUUUGCACUUUGCGAUGGACUCGCAACUUAUAUGAUUGGUACACUGCCGCAUGGAAGGGACAGAAGUCACCAAUUAUUCUGGACGCAGACGACAUUAUCAACAACCGUGAGGUGCCUCGUCACUUCUGCGAUCUUGUGGGCCUCGAUGCUGGCAAGGUUCAGUUCCAGUGGGAUGCUGCGACCCCAGAGAAUAUGCCUCAGAAUCCCGUGGAAAGUCGCUUUCGCAGUACACUGUUGGCCUCUUCCGGCAUCGUUGCGGGCAAAACUUUACAGGGCUUGUCAAUUGAAAAGGAAGCAGUCAAAUGGAGGGCCGAGUUUGGGGAUUCUGUGGCGGCAAAGCUACAACAGUUGAUUCAGGAUGCCAUGGCGGACUAUGAAUAUCUUUGGAGUCGCAGGCUCACCGUGUAG